AUGAACCAGAGCUGCGCGUCCUCAAGAUGCGACGAGCACAGAGAAGCGGAAAGACCGAGCACGGAAGAACGUGAAAGAUACUGCGAAGACGACAGCAAUAUUGAUAGCGAAUCAAGCGAGGACGAAGAGUACGAUGGUUCGGGCCGAGAGAAAGCACAUGUGACUCUUCAAACUGAAGUCAAAAUAAAGUUCGUCCAACUCAGCCGAUCUCUCGGCAUCGAGAACGGGUUCACGGAAAAGGACGUGGAUUUCAAGAGCGAGCCUGGGCAGAUUGGUUCGCGAGGAGCGACUCUCUUCCCCGUAUUUCCGGACCGCAAAGUCAGAGACAGGAGCAUUGGAGGACACGGAUGGUCGUACAACGUUGCGCUCGAGAAGUUGAACGAGAAGCUCACCGAGAAGUUAAAGGAGGUCGAGAAGGACAACGCCGAGAAGCACGAGAUUAAGGUAAUUGGACAGGAUAUUGGGGAGGUCGAGGUUGAGAAGUCUCGGUAA